AACUAACCCACUGCGCAGGCGUAAACCACGUACCCGAUCUCUCGCAGCAUCGCGCUGUUUUGGCCCUAUGUUAGCUGGUGCCUGAUCAGUGGUGUGUGUCAAGUCAUACAUACUGGGCUUGAUUGGGAAGGCAUAGCGGUGGAGAAGAAGGGGGACCCUAGACGCCCCGCGACGAAAUGGCCGGGCAACAGUUUCAGUACGAUGACAGCGGCAACACAUUUUUCUACUUCCUAACGUCCUUCGUUGGACUCAUCGUCAUCCCAGCCACAUAUUACCUCUGGCCCCGAGAUCAGAAUGCGGAACAGCUGCGUCUGAAGAGCCUUCGGAAGGUCCAUGGACGGUGUCUGUGGUACCGUCUCCGCUUGAUGAAGUCACAGCAGAGCAUCAUACCCACACUAAAGAAAGCAGGCCUAUUGUUUGGCUGGGCUGUAUUUCUGCUGCUGGCCUACAAAGUGUCCAAGCUGGACCGAGAGUACCAGGAGUACAACCCUUAUGAAGUCCUCGGCCUGGACCAGGGAGCGUCUGUGUCAGAGAUUAAGAAGCAGUACCGUCUGCUGUCGCUCAAGUUCCAUCCUGAUAAAGGAGGAGAUGAAGACUUGUUCAUGAGGAUCGCCAAAGCACACUCCGCGCUGACCAAUGACGAGUCAAGACAGAACUGGGAGACCUACGGCAACCCAGAUGGUCCAAGAGCCACUAGUUUUGGCAUCGCUCUGCCUGCGUGGAUCGUAGACUCCAAGAACUCUAUGCUGGUAUUGCUGGUCUAUGGUCUAGCCUUCAUGGUCAUCCUACCUGUUGUUGUGGGUACGUGGUGGUAUCGGUCAAUACGUUACAGCGGAGACCAGAUACUGAUCAACACAACACAACUCUUCAUGCACUUUAUGUACAAGACGCCCAACAUGAACAUGAAACGGUUAUCCAUGGUGUUGACGGCUGCGUUCGAGUUUGACCCCCGCAGCAACAAAGAGGCCACCAUACGACCCACGGACAACAUCCAAGUACCACAGCUGAUCCGUGAGUUGGGGAACAUCAACGUGAAGAAGAAGGAGCCUCCGUUCUGCUACCCGUACAGUCUUAAGGCCCGGGUCCUGGUGUUAGCUCACCUGGCACGCAUGGAGGUCUCGGACGACAUCGAAGAGGACCAGAGGUUUGUGGUGAGGAAGAGUCCAGCUCUGCUCCAGGAGAUGGUCAACGUGGGCUGUCAACUCACCAUGAUGGCCAACAGCAGAGGAGGGUUCCACGCCCCCAGGCUGGUGUCCAUAGAGAACUGUAUGAAGCUGACCCAGAUGAUCGUCCAGGGUCUUCAGGAGUCCAAGUCUCCUCUGCUGCAGCUUCCUCACUUUGAGGAGGAACACCUCCGGUACUGCGUCUCCAAGAAGUACAAGGUGCGUAGCCUGCAGGACCUGGUCAGCCUGAAGGACUCGGACCGUCGGAGCAUGCUCCGUUUCCUUGGCGAGGAGAAGUAUGACGAGGUUAUGGCCGUGCUCGCCAGCUUCCCGUCCAUCACCAUGGAUACCAAGCUGCAGGUCCUUGAUGAUGAAGACAGCAAUAACAUUACAGCUGGAUCCAUCGUCACGGUUACAGUCACCCUGACCAGGAAGAGGAUGGCGGAGGUGUUUGAGAAGGAGCAGAAUGUGACACCGUGUCUCGGAGUCGGAGAGGAAGCCAGUACAGAGGAUGCUGCCCCGCAGGGAGACGCCAGUAAAACCAAAGCCAAGGUGUGGCAGAACAAGACAAAAGCAGCCAAGAAAACCAAGCAGUCCAAGAAGAAGAAACUCACCAAGAAGAAGCCCCUCCCGCUGCCAGCAGCCAAGGCCAAACAGGCCAAUGGGAGCGCGCCAGGAAGUGAGGUGGUUGCCGUGGCGAAGGAGGAAGAGGAGGACGGGUCAGACAAAGGCAGCGAAUCAGAGGAGGGCGAGGGCAACAAAGAUUCUCCGAGCGAGAGAGAUGAGGAGAGCGACAAACAGAGCGACACGGAGCAGGAUGAGAUCGCCGGGGACGACGAGGAGGAGUGGGAGGCGCUGCAGCAGAGUAUCCAGAGGAGAGAGAGGGCGCUGUUGGAGACUAAGUCGAAGGUCACCCACCCGGUCUACAGCCUGUACUACCCAGAGGAGAAACACGAGUGGUGGUGGCUCUACAUCGCUGACCGCAAGGACCAGUCUCUAGUCUCCAUGCCAUACCACGUCUGUACACUCAAAGACACAGAAGAGGUGGAGCUGAAGUUCCCAGCGCCCUCUAAAACAGGGAACUACCAGUACGCUGUUAUCCUCCGCUCAGACUCUUACCUGGGUCUGGAUCAGAUCAGGCCACUCAAGCUGGAGGUGCACGAGGCCAAGGCGGUGUUGGACAACCACCCCCAGUGGGACAUCCCAGAAACAGAGGAGGAGGACGAGGAACAGGAGGACAGUGACGGGAUCGAGGAGAGCGAAGAGGAGGAUGAAGACAACGACUAAACACACACACACACACACACACACACACACACACACACACAUAUAACCACACCCCAGGGCAGUUAGUACACACACACAUAUAACCACACCCCAGGGCAGUUAGUACACACACACAUAUAACCACACCCCAGGGCAGUUAGUACACACACACAUAUAACCCCAGGGUAGUUUGUACACACACACCCACCCCAGGGUAGUUACUACACACACACCCACCCCAGGGCAGUUACUACACACACACCCACCCCAGGGCAGUUAGUACACACACCCACCCCAGGGUAGUUAGUACACACACACCCACCCCAGGGUAGUUUGUACACACACACCCACCCCAGGGUAGUUUGUACACACACACCCACCCCAGGGUAGUUUGUACACACACACCCACCCCAGGGUAGUUAGUACACACACACCCACCCCAGGGUAGUUAGUACACACCCACCCACCCCAGGGUAGUUAGUACACACCCACCCACCCCAGGGUAGUUAGUACACACCCACCCACCCCAGGGUAGUUAGUACACACCCACCCACCCCAGGGUAGUUAGUACACACACACACCCACCCCAGGGCAGUUAGUACACACACACACCCACCCCAGGGCAGUUAGUACACACACACACCCACCCCAGGGCAGUUUGUACACACACACCCACCCCAGGGUAGUUAGUACACACACACCCACCCCAGGGUAGUUAGUACACACACCCACCCACCCCAGGGCAGUUAGUACACAAACACCCACCCCAGGGUAGUUAGUACACACACCCACCCACCCCAGGGCAGUUUGUACAUACACCCAUACUGAUAUGGACUGUGGACCUCCCUAUCCGCCCCUCACAUCCUUUUCUACGGAGACCUAGAUUGGGUCAUGUCCUGACUUUAAUGUUCACUUUCAGAGGACAACUAUCGAUAUAUAUAUCCAGCCCUGUGUGUCUGUGUCUGUCUGAAUGUGUAUGUGUGUGUGUGUGUGUGUGUGUCUGUCUGAAUGCGUGUGUGUGUGAAUAAGCGAGAGAGAGAAAGUGUGUGUGUCUGUCUGAAUGAGUGUGUCUGUCUGAAUGAGUGUGUGUGUGUGAAUAAGCGAGAGUGUGUGUGUGAAUAAGCGAGAGUGUGUGUGUGAAUAAGCGAGAGUGUGUGUACGCUCCUCCUCUUACAGCCUGUGGUCCAGAGGACUGGUUACUGAGGCUCUGUGUUUCCCCCAGGGGUGUGUAAACAACUUCCCUUAAAUAAAUAUCAGAAAUGGACUCAA